AUGCAAAGGAAGAUCGCCACUUGCCACAGGGGAAUCUCACAGACCCUCAGCCAAGCACUUGUGCCUGCAGAUGUCAGUGUGAGGAAGGGGCAUGAGCUGGUGAACAUCUAUUGCCCCGUCGUGGUCUCCAACGCAGGGCUGUUCAACACCUAUGAGCACCUACUGCCGGGGAAUGCCCGCUGUCUGCCAGGUGUGAAGCAGCAGCUGGGGAUGGUGCGGCCUGGCUUAGGCAUGAUGUCUGUUUUCAUCUGCCUGCAAGGCACCAAGGAGGACCUGCAUCUGCCGUCCACCAACUACUAUGUUUACUAUGACACGGACAUGGACCAGGCGAUGGAGCGCUACGUCUCCAUGCCCAGGCAAAAGGCUGCGGAACACAUCCCUCUUCUGUUCAUCGCUUUCCCAUCAGCCAAGGAUCCGACCUGGGAGGACCGAUUCCCAGGCCGGUCCAGCAUGACCAUGCUCAUACCCAGCGCCUACGAGUGGUUUGAGGAGUGGCAGGCGGAGCUGCAGGGAAAGCGGGGCAGUGACUAUGAGACCUUCAAAAACUCCUUUGUGGAAGCCUCUAUGUCAGUGGUCAUGAAACUGUUCCCACAGCUGGAGGGGAAGGAUAUUGACUUGGAUAGCUUGAUGUCUCAUGACGAGCAGCGCUCUGCAUCCCUCACCCAUGCCUCCUCACUCAGUGAUCAGAGAAAAUUCCAUCGGUGGAUAGAACCCCUGGCAGUGUUGUCAGCUAAAGCUGUGGCUCUUCAGGGCACGGGAAAUGCCUGUGUCUGGCCCGGUGUGGUCUGGAGCUUUGGGGUAACAGCGGGAUCCAUCAGUUAUUAG